AUGGCGCUCGAAGCGCCUCCCUUGUUCUCGUCGAAGUUCCUGAAAGCAAGGAAGACGAAAAAAACUGCUGGAUCGGGACACGGAGACGACGCGGCUCCGAACGCUGCGAAGCGCACGAGCGUGACUUUAACGGGGACGGCCGACGAGGCCACCGAUAAAAGAGCGAAGUCGUUACGAGAUAGGUUACCAACAGAAGCAGGUCCCGCCAGUGCCGUUGCGAAGGGUCAUGGUGCAAAGAAGCGUAAAGCACUGGGAGUUGACGAACCGAAUAAGGCCAAGGCUAGUCGCACGGAAGUUCCUUCGUUAGGCUCGCAUAGAAAAGCAUCGGCAAAUACCUUGACUGCGAGCAGGGUUCAAGGUGUAGGGUUUAAGGGGGAGAGGGGAGGAGAUCAAGAAGGAGAUUUGAGGGAAGAGGAGGUUUUGCGCGGAGGCGAGGAUGCGCAGAGGGGUGAUUGCGAUAAUGACGUGGAUAAGAUCGGCCGUACACGUGGCGGCGUCAGGGGCGGCGAGGAGGCAGGUGACGUCAGCAGAGAUGGCACGCAGGCGAGGGAGCCAAAAGCCGGGAGGGGGCGCGGGGGACGGCGGAAGCGGGUGGGCGGGAGGGAGGGGGGAAAGGCGGGGGUUGAUGGAGAGGCGGAUGGGGAGAGGGAGGAGGGAGAGGAGGGUGAAGAGGAAGCGGAGGAGAGAGGGAAGGAAAAUGGGGAGGAAGGCGAGGAUGGGGAGGAGGAAGGAGAGGAAGAGGGGGAGGUGGAAGAGGAAGAAGAGAUGGAUGAUGGUAGUGAAGGGGAGGACGAGGAGGAAGAGGGGAGGGCGGAGAAAGCAGAGGACGGAGGAACAGAGGAAGACGACGCAGCAGCAACUGCGCUGCUCGCCAAGGCUGACGUGUCUCUCUCAGCCACUGCCACGUGUGACUCAUUUGCUGACCUGUCACUGGCCCCAUGGCUGGUUGCCACGUGUCACGAGAUGGGUCUGCGCCACCCCACCCCAGUGCAGUGCGCGUGCAUCCCCCCUGUCAUCGCGGGCAGCAACGUCAUUGGUGUGGCUCAGACGGGAAGCGGCAAGACUGCUGCUUUCGCCCUGCCUAUUCUGCAGAAGCUAGCAGAGGAUCCGUAUGGCGUGUUUGCCCUGGUCCUCACCCCCACCAGGGAGCUUGCUCUGCAGAUCGCUGACCAGUUCCGGGCUCUGGGGUCAUCGCUUUCUCUGCGCUGCGCUAUUGCUAUUGGCGGGGGUGAUAUGGUGGAGCAGGCCAUGCAGCUGACGGGUCGGCCACAUGUGGUGGUGGCAACGCCGGGGCGACUGAGGGAGAUGCUGGAUCAAGAGGAGAGCAUGGGGCGCGUGUUUAGCAACCUGCAGUUCUUGGUGUUGGAUGAGGCCGAUCGUCUCUUGGACCGCGGGUUCGAAGAGGAGAUAGCGGCGAUUCUGGCGAGGAUGCCCAAGGAGAGGCAGACGCUGCUGUUUUCAGCUACUUUCACCGCCAACUUGCACGCCUUGAAGGCUAUGAGCAAAACAAAGAAGCUGUUCCAUUUCGAGGCCUACGAGGGAUUUAAGACAGUCGAAGCAUUAGACCAAACGUACCUCUUCCUGCCCGCCAACGUGCGAGACGUGUACCUCUGCCGCCUCCUCUCCCGCCUCCUCCCCUCCCUCCCCACCAUCCUCCCCCCCGCGCCACCCCUCCCCGCAUCUGCUGCUGCCCGCCCAACUGUGCGCUCGGUUAUCGUCUUCACCUCGUCCUGCCAGUCCUGCCAGGCAGUCAGUGCGCUCCUGGACGAGGUGGGUCUCUCCAACGCGCCUCUCCACGCCCUGCUGCCGCAGCGCAAGCGCUCAGCUGCUCUGCACCGCUUCAAGGCGUCCCAAGUGCCGAUUCUGGUGGCCACUGACGUCGCCAGCAGAGGGCUGGACAUCCCCACCGUCGAUCUGGUGAUCAACUACGACAUCCCCAGGUUCACCCGGGACUAUGUGCACAGGGUGGGGCGAACAGCCAGAGCAGGGAGAGGUGGGCGAGCCAUCAGCCUGGUCACUCAGUACGACGUGCAUCUGGUGCACAGCAUUGAGAAGCUCAUUGGCCGAAAGCUCGCGGAGUGCACUGACGUGACUGAAGCCGAUGUGCUUAAAUGUAUCAGCAAGGUAUUCAAGGCACGGAGGGCAGCACUGCUGAAGGUGUCAGAGAGUGGGUUUGAGGAGCGGGCCAAGCAGAGGGCGGAGCAGAAGAGGAAGAUUCGGGAGGGGCGGAGAGAGCGAGAGGGGAGUGAGAAAGUGAAGAAAGGCAAGUGA